GUCGUUUCAGAGCGGAACAUAAAAGCCAUUGAGGUUCAAUGGCACAUCGCCAGGAAAUUCGAUAUCAUACCGAUUGACAACGUACAAUCUUGUCGAGCAUCAAUACCCUCGAUACACAGCUCUAUCGUACACCUGGAGCGGCACAGAGCGGACAGCAACAAUUCACGUCAAUGGAUUGCAAAUGAAAGUCAUCCAAGCACAGAAUGCGACUAUACGCCCAGCUUGGUGGAUUGACUUAAUCUGCAUCGAUCAAGAUAACGAUGGUGAGCACGGACACCAAGGCGGCAUGAUGCGUUCAAUCUUCGAAGAGGCAGCCCUCGUCGACGAUUUAUACCAGACUACAGCCGGUCAGGAUGUGAUAUGUUGUAUUCGGCCACUCGUGCUAUUGCGUAAGAUGUCUCCUCGAAAGGCGGUAAAGACAAAGUCUUGGAGUCGGUAUUGGCUUUUUGUAAGCAUCGUCCAAUGGCCACAACCUAUUCCCAAGGGAGGAACUUUGAUGGCAUGACUUGUCGAUCAUGUGUUUCCUGCUGUGCGUUUGCUAUUGGCUCUUGCAAGUGGCUAGAUAGUUUGAAGUAGCUCAGAACGGCGACUUGGGUGAGAAAUCGGUGGACAUUAAGCUCUGAGUUUCAUGGCCGUAUCAAAGAAUUCGGUGCACAAGUUCGCAGAAGCUAAGCCAAGUCCAAUACUCGGAGACUCUGAUGCAGAGCCAAAACGUUUCAGACUAGGAAACGCAGACUUAAAGCUCACUACACGAAAGAGGUAGAAUCGACGAUGUUCUUUGAG